AUGAACAACAGAAGGCCUAGUGGGCGCGUGGCGAAAACCGUGGACAAGUCAACUCUUCAAAAGGAGCUCUUAGAAGAACAGAAACAGGAAAUAUACGAGGCGUUCUCGUUGUUCGACAUGAACAACGACGGCUAUCUAGACUACCACGAAUUCAAAGUAGCACUAAGGGCCUUGGGCUUCGAACUCAGCAAAGGAGAUAUACUAGAACUCAUCGACAGAUACGACGCAGAUGGUCGUCGGUUAAUACAAUACGAAGACUUCUACUUAGUAGUGGGAGAAAAGAUCCUACAGAGAGACCCACUAGACGAAAUAAAACGCGCAUUCAGACUCUUCGAUGACGAUAACACAGGGAAAAUAUCCUUGAAGAACUUAAAGCGCGUAGCGCACGAAUUGGGCGAGAACCUAACAGACGAAGAACUUCGUGCCAUGAUUGACGAAUUCGAUCUCGACGACGAUGGCGAAAUAAACGAAGACGAGUUCAUCGCCAUAUGUACGGAUAACUAA